UAAAAAAAAACUUUUAAGGGAAAUUUUCAGAAAUUUGAGGAAUUUUUAAAAAAAAAAUUCAGACAAGUAAACUAUAUUUUUUGGUGUUCGUAAAUGAAGACAACAAGAGGAUUAAUCCUUAUUACCAAUUGAUAGCUGUCCUCUAUGUUGCAAAAAGUCCUGCAACCAUAUAUUGACCCAGAGGUAAGAAAAGGUAAAAUUCCACCUUAAUUCAUCAUGAAAACAUGUGACCACUCGGGUUUAUCCUGCGUCCCCUUGAGGGGCCCUGAGCCCCAGGUUGGAAACCACUAGUUCUUGGUAUUUUUGCAGCUCUGCAACCAUCUUAUCAGCUUUUCUAUGGAUUAUUGAGAAACCUCUUGAAUGUUUCUGCCGCCCACAGCUGAUCUGAGACCGCUGACACCUGCAGACUGAGCCGCUAUCAGUCCUAGCGAUUCAAAUAUUUCUGAAUAAACAUUCACUCCGCAGGAAACAUCUGUUUCUUGACACGCAGCUGAGCCUUAAACCGCUCCAUAGCGAUGAAUGUGUUUUGGAUGUCGAGCUUCUCAUUAGCACCUGUGCAUAAAUAAAACGGCGUCAAUGGCUGCAAAUUAUGUAAUUGCUGAUUACAUAAGUUUCAAAUGAGGAACGGCGCUCAGUCAAAAGUGGCUUCAAGUGGCACUCAAGGUCUUUCUGCUGCCUUCAGCCAUAUGGCUCUUUCCCAUAGCACAUUUUUUUGCCUUUAAAUCUCCUGACCUUGAGAAGCCAGCGAUGUAAAGAGCAGGAUAGAGGAUAUAAAGAGCAGAGCGUGGGCUUUCUCUAGCAUUCAGCCGUCAUGAAGGCCGUGGUUUUCCUGGCUCUGCUCGGAGCUGCAUUUGCUGCAGCUGAUAAUGAGAAGGUUGUUGGAGGCUACGAGUGUCCCAGACACUCUGUUCCCUACCAGGUGUCUCUGAACGCCGGAUAUCACUUCUGUGGUGGAUCCCUGAUCUCCAGCCAGUGGGUGGUGUCUGCUGCUCACUGCUGGAAGUCGCGUAUUCAGGUCCGUCUGGGCGAGCACAACAUCGCCGUGAACGAGGGCACCGAGCAGUGGAUCGACGGAGCCAAGAUGAUCAGACACCCGGGGUACAACAGCUACAACCUGGACAACGACAUCAUGCUGAUCAAACUGAGCCGCCCCGCCACCCUCAACAGCUACGUCCAGACCGUGGCACUGCCCUCCAGAUGCCCCCUGCCCGACGAGAACUGCACGGUGUCCGGAUGGGGCAACACAUCCGCCAACGGCAACAACUUCCCCGACAGGCUCCAGUGUCUGAGGCAGCCCAUCAUCGAUGACAGGAUCUGCAGGAACGCCUACCCCCACCUCUUCACCGACAACAUGGUCUGCUCUGGAUUCAUGCACGGAGGCGCCAGCAGCUGCCAGGGAGACUCUGGCGGUCCUCUGGUGUGUAGCGGUCAGCUGCAGGGAGUCGUGUCCUGGGGUUACGACUGCGCCAUGCAGGGACACCCCAGCGUUUACGCCCGAGUGUGUCGCUUCACCAGCUGGAUCAGCAGCACGAUGAGGAGCAACUAAACGCCCACAAAACCACCCGCAUGCCGACAUUAAAACACCACAGCCGCUGCUCAUGCUCAGUUUAUUGGGAACACUUUGCAUAUUACUGUGUCAUCCUUAAACAUGUCAUUAAUAAAACGCUCCAUUCUGCAAACACAAUGAUGGAAGAGAAAAUACGCUGCAUGUGUCAGUUUUUCACAGCUUCACAUUUUUUUGGUAACAA